AUGGUUGCCCCAACUACCUUUCUCACCUUCAUCAACCCAGACACCAAAUAUGUUUUGUCAACACCCAAUUAUCCUGAUAUGGAAUUGUUGGAUCCCUAUGAAAAGGGAGCUCCUCAAUCAGUUAAGAAGAGUAGAGAAUUGAGCCACAGCAAGGCUCACAUUAGGGCACAUUUAGAAACACUAUUUCAAAAUCCUAUUGCUGAAAAGGAUGCCACAUUGAAGCCAGCCAAAAGACAAGGGUUUCAUUGGGUAUUUGAUAAAAGGGCAAGGAGUUUAAAGGAUACAUCUACCCUUGGUCACUUAUCACAGAAGGACCAACAUGACUUGAGGGUGUUUCUUAGUACUGGUGAGAUAUAUGCUGAAUUAAGCAAGAACCAAUACAAAUCCAGCACAUCUAGUUCAGAUAGUGAGGGUGAUGUUAUCACCAAAACACCUCAACACAAUCUUCCCAGAAGCUCUUUCAAUCCCAUAAAUGGCAAAACACCAAAAAACAUCAGCAGGACCCCAAAGCCCCAUCCAACAAUUGAGUUGAAAAAGCCCAAACCACUGAAUCAAUUGGGUGCUGGGGAACAUAGUGUGCACCCCAAACAAACAUGUUCACCACAUCCAUCAAAAACAUCAGUUGGGUUGGGUAAAAGACAAAGACUUGAUGACAAGGAGGGUGAUAGUGAAAUUGGUAUUAGUAACAAACAAAUCAAACUCCAAACCCCCAAAUCCAUACCCAAAACAAUGGGCCCUACAUCAGGUAAUAAAACACAAAAUUUGAUGAGGAGUGGUGCCAUUGAUGAUAAUGUGCUUAUGAAAGCUAUGUUUAGUGGUGCAUCAGGUGUUAGAGACUUGAUUGAUUCCACUUUGAAGUCAAAGGCACAGGAGUUUGAUUUGGAGAAAAAAAGGCUGGUGUUGGAGAAGAUUGAAUUGCAGGAGAAAUUGGAUGCCAUGAGUGAGCAGGUGCAAAGAUUAAAGGAGCAGGUUAACACUUUGGAGGAGAUUUGUAUUCCACCUGAAUUCAUGGAAAGACUUGGUGCUUUGUAA